AUGUGUGGAUUGACCAAUGAGAAUGUUAUGCACUCCCUUGUCAUGUGUGACUUCUCUAAAUUGGUUUGGCAUGAAGCUGCUAUUACCAUACCAUCUUUGCAGGAAAAUGAUUUUGCUAUGUGGUUCUCUAACCUUAUGACUAUGCUUACGAUGGAGGAUAUUCUUGUUGCAGUAGCGGUCGUUUAUCACAUAUGGAUAGCACGGAACUCUGCAGUAUGGAAGGGUUGCUUGCCGCGUCCAGCUGCUGUUUCGCGGAGGGCGGAGGCGGCGCUACAAGCAUGGAAGCAGAAUGGUGAUUGGUGCUGUUAUUUCGACGCAGGUUAUCUGCAUACUACACGGAUGUCCACUGCUGGUGCGGUUCUCUACAUGCCGGGCGGUGUGUAUGCAGCAGCAUUCAGUGGCCGAACCCAAGGUUGUCUCUCACCUUUGAUGGCAGAAUCCAUGGCGUGCAAGGAGGUCCUCUCGUGGCUUCGAGCGCGGGGUGUUGAACAGGUGAAGCUUUACACUGACUGCGCAAAUCUCCAGGCGCUGCUAUCAUCUUCGCAUUCUAAUCUUUACUCAUACAUCGCAUUUUCCAUUCAAGCCUCAAAGGCUAUUAUGUCUUCUUUUAUUCAUUGUUCAGUACAUUUAAUUCCUAGGUCUGCUAAUCUAGGGGCACACUCUCUUGCUACUUUGGCCUUUUCACAGGCUGGUUUUUUGUUUUGGGAUCAUGUCCCCCCUGACAUUAUUGCUGGUUUAAUUUAA